UCCGCGCUUUAAUCGGUGCGUCGACUCGCGCGCUUGUCAGUUCCUUGAAAGCAUCUGUGUACUCCGCUUUUACGGCAUAAUCGCGGCCACGUAGUCACACUAUGGCAUCUCACGAAACUGUAUCGUGUUGCAUUGUGUCCUCGUUAGACUUAUUUCGCCGUCGCCAUGCAUCGGUGAUGUCGACUCGUCGAUAGACGUGCUGUGGUGUCUGAGCUUGAAGAGAGUGCAUAGAAAGGUGCCAGAUAUCGUUCAAAGUCGACAAUCGAAGAUCAAGACAAUCGCGAGGAAUGACAGUAACCAGAAAACGGAAAUAGACUUUGUGUUAGGCAUCUUCUACAGAAAGGAUAGCAUUGUCUGCUACGAGAAAAUUGAAGCUUUUGGAUACAGUGGUGCAAAGAAGAAGAACAAAUUUGUCUGAAAUAUACGGCCGAAUCAGUUCGCGCUGGUCGAGCGUUAUUCCAUGCUUGAGAAAAUUUCAAUAUGACACAAAACUAAGGACAUCCGUCGUUAGGAUGUGGACAUAUCACUUGAUAGUGGCGGCAAUUUUACUCGCGGUUGCCAACGUCUGUCAUGCGGAGUGCCAGACUCGCUCCAUUUACUGUUAUGAGUGUGACUCAUGGACGGAUCUCAGAUGCAAGGAUCCUUUCAACUACACUGCAUUACCCAGGGACCAACCACCUUUGAUGACCUGUAACGGAUGCUGCGUGAAAAUGGUCCGCAACGCAAAAUCACCGUAUGAGAGCGUGAGGAGAACCUGCACCUCGCAACUACAAAUAAACUUAUUCAUGGUGGACCACGUGUGCAUGAUGGAAAGUACCGGCACUGGUCACAUGUGCUUCUGUGAGGAGGAUAUGUGCAAUCGUGUACCCCCGACCUCGCGCUCGAAUCCCGUACUCCUGCUGAUCCUGUCGACCAUCCUUGUUCUACGCUCGGCCGUCUUAGGAGCCUCAGCUUGCUUUGUAGAACGUUGCAAUGAUCACGUCGUAUAACACUAAUUAAUUCGAUCCACCCAUCGCAGUGGCGUCCAAUCAUAUCCUUCGUAGAGAUUCUAGCGAGUCGACAACACGACCACUCGUCGGAACGAACGAUCGAGCUGGCUUCGAUCCUAAAGGCUAGACCCUUUGAGAUGUAAAAGAAAGAAAUAGCCGAAAGAAAGUAAAAGUGGCGGUCGAUUGAUGUAACUAUCAUUGGUUUUAUGACUCUUUCAAAUUCAUAUCAUCGAUCCAGCCACACAAUCGCGUGUAGAAAUAUAAAAUAUAUUUCUAUAAUACAAAAAUUUUAUCAAAGUUACAUAUCUUACAAUAAAUAGGUCAAUAACAGAAAAUGAGAUGAACUCGAAACAUAUUGAACGUUGCAAAGAAAUAUAUAUACAUUUAUAA